AUGAAAUACAUUGGUCUGUCACCUACAAGUGCCAAUGAGAGACGAUUGAAGGAAGUCUUCCAGCAUGACUUCACACCAGCCUUCAUGUAUCACCUCAAAUCCAGGCUAUCUAAUGCAUCAGAAUCAGCUUCAUCCCCUACACAAGGCACAAAGCGAUCAACUGCUAAUGUCGAUGAUUCGUGGAAUCCUGAAACCCAUGGGGAUCCCACUUCUACUGGUAGUGGAGGAACUUCCACUAUCGACUCUGAUCUCAAAGGGGCAUCCCCCCCGAAGAUGUAG